GGCGACGAUGAGGGUCUGAUAUGUGAGCGUGGAUAGGACGGAUGGAGAGGGGGGAGAAUAAGGCGGGGGGACUCAGAAACACACACACACACACGCAGGGUCCCGCUGGUUCAGGCGAGGAUAGGCUCCGACCCGAGGUGAACUCCUCGUUACAAAUAGGAGCUGCGGCAUUCCAAGUGGAGCAGAGCCGAAUAGUAACAUGAAGUAACAGCGCUGAGUGAGUCUGCUCUAUUUAACCGGAGAGGAAGGCAAGAGGAAGCAGUUUCUUUCUGAGUGGCGGGAGGGAAAAUAUAGAAAUAUAUAUUUAUAUAUAUAUGUGAUUUAAGAGGAGGUCGUUCUGAGAGGACUGGACACUGAACUCAGGUGGCAGUGCUGCAGCAUUUUCCACCUACAAGCGUUCUUGAGAGUUGAGUAAAGUCCAUUCAACCCUCAGCUGUUCUCCUGUCAGGGCCUGCCAUGAUGUUCGAGGAGGAGUCCCAGGGUGUGAGGGGCCAGCAGGAGUUUCCCGUUCUCACGACAGCCGAUUCGCCCGGUGCGGCGCCUUCCAGCGGACCUGAGGGUCCUCUGUCUUUCACGGACGAGGCCGUGUCCAUACUGACCUCCAGCAACCUGCUGGCUCGCUCCCUGCUGGGUCGCACCUCCGCAGUCAAGCGCAAAGAGAGUCCGGCUGCCACCACCGCCCGGCGCAAGCGCGAGUUCAUCCCCCAGGACAAAAAGGACGAAAGCUACUGGGACAAAAGGAGGAAGAAUAACGAGGCGGCCAAGCGUUCUCGAGAGAAGCGGAGGGUGAAUGACAUGGUCCUGGAGAGCCGGGUGCUCGCUUUGCUGGAGGAGAAUGCCCGGCUUAGGGCGGAGCUCCUGGCUCUGAAGUUCCGCUUCGGCUUGAUUAAAGAUCCGUCCAACACACAGAUUUUACCGCUUGCUGGAGCUCCUCAACACAAUCUUCCAAACCUCACUCCCCAGUAUUAUCCCCACAGAGGCGAUGGAGGCCCUCAAAGCUCAAAUCCCAACAACCACUUCGGCCAGUCAGGCACCAGGACCUCGAGAGAGGCUGGCAACAUCUCAGAGGACUCUGGGUUUUCUACGCCGGGAGGGUCGAGUGUGGGCAGCCCCGUCUUUUUCGAAGAACGCUUUGGCGACCAUGGGAAGUUCUCACCUCACCGAGUGGAAGAGAUGGGUUAUGACCUCCAGCAGUCACCGGGAGAGGUCCACCAAUCUGUGGUGGACCAAGCAGAGGGGAUGAAAAACCUUCCACACAAGCUACGUUUCAAAACCCCUGGGAGUGGGGAGGGCCUCGACAUCGGUUGCGAAAAUGCCAGCGUAAGACGCAGCCCUCCGGAGACCAGGAAAGGGCCGAGCGGCGGUGAAGCAGGAGCAGGGCAUUGUCCCAGCUCUUGGGUCCAGCAACUGGAAGGAGAGGACUGCCGCAAGGAGAGACAAACUCUUCAUUACGGUUCUUCUACUGCCGGCUGUAACCCCCAUUCCCCUCCCACGUCCGGACAAAUUGACGUCCAAUACCAGCAUGAGAACACUUACCUGAAAUCUCAGCUCAGCUCCCUCUCUGAGGAAGUGGCUCAGCUGAAGAAGCUUUUCACAGAGCAGCUCAUGUCCAAAGUCAACUGACGGACCGGGAGGGGGGUUAGACGAUGUUUGCUAAUGCACGGACUUGUGAGGACAUUUAGAAUAGAAAAACAGCAAUACAGGGCUUGUCCAAGCAUCCAGAAAGACUUUCAUGUUUAAAUAGUUCUCUGUUGUUCUCAAAUGUACAGAGUGUUGCAUCAUUUGGCCUCUUUGCCAUUUCGUGCCAUCAUUUCAUACCUGGAAAAAAAGGGAAAAUCAGGUUCAAAAUGGGGUCAUCUAUGGCAGGGUGUUUUGUUUAUUUGUGCACAACUGGGGAUUCUCGACGUUUACUAAAAGAAAAUGAGGUUGUAUAUCAACAGGAAGUUGCUUUGGGUUAUUUUGCCUAAAUUGUAGGUCUUAAUCCGAGUUCAGGAAAUAAUAUAAAGUAAAUUAAACGUGAAAUUUUAGCAAUUAAUGAGUUUCUGUUCAUAAUUUAUGAAACAACAAAAUUAUCUAAUUUUCUUGAAUUAACUAAGUACCGAUUGUUUUUUGGGGGGGGUUUUAUCGGUAUGAAAUAGUGGUGAGAUGGUGAACUGACCCAGAGUCUGUUAUAUUUUAAACACUCGUAUUAUCUGCUGUUUAACAACAACUUGCUGUGAUCUACCAUCCCGUCUCCGUUGCUCAUAAAUGUGUCUCAUCUGUCUGUGUAUGCAAAGUAAAACACUGUGACGGCAAGCAACACACACACAUAUCACAAAAGGAGCUGCGUUUCCAUCACAAAUGCUCACGAAACUUUGUCGAUUCUCCCUUAAUGGCGAAAGAACGCAAUUUUGCGAAUGCGCCGUUGCCAUCAAAUAAGAAACGCGGUGGAUAAGUUUCAGAAACAUCAUCCUCCUACCACUUCCUGUUGUCUUCUUCGUCUUUCCUGGCAGUAGCAACAUCUGGCUGUUGAUCACACGACUCGUGUGAUGUCGCAAAAAAGGUCUUUCCAUUGCAGUUUUGCGAAAUACACAAAUUGAAAAACACCACCUCAUCAUAACGGGAAAACAUUUUACCAUAAAAGAAAACAGCUUUUUUUUUUUCUUUCCAAAAUUGGCUCGUUUUCUGUGAGCAAAUUUGUUUUCAUAAUUUCAAUGUGUGCAGUUAUAAGGUCAGUGGAAAGGCAGUCAAAGACAACUUGACUCUAUCACCUGACACCACCGAUGGCAGAUGAAGUAACUGAGGCGGCUUUAUUUACCGCUCUGCUAACGGAUACAAAGCACAAUCGGACACAAACAGUGAAUGCACCAUGAGAUUAAAUCAUUAACGAGUAGAAAGCAAAACACAACUCGCACGUCCCGGAGGUUUUCUGAAACAUUUAUAUUCAGGUUUGUUCCGACUUGUUACGCGUUAAAACAGUCGCUUCAGGACACGCGGCAACUUGUACAGUUUUGGUUUGUGACUCUUGUUUUUUGUUUUUAAACCCAUUCCAUUGUUACCAUUUGAUCCAGUCUCCACUGUGUCUCUGUGCAUUUUCAUAUUUAAAAACAAUAAACAGAUUUGACGUA